UCGGCGCCCGUGCGCAGGCGCUCGGCAGCGGGCCGCGGCCUCCCCCGCCUCGUCGCGCUUCUGCGCAGUCGGUGUUAUUGUGACUCGGGCCGCGGCCCCGGAUGUUGUGGCUGCUCCGGCGGAGAUGGCCGAGACUGAGGGGCUGGCCGCGGCCCCAGACCCAACUUCGGGGCCAGCUCUCCGGGGCCGCCGCGCCAUGUCAGGCUCCCGGGAGCGGGACCAGCAGGUGGAGGCGGCGCAGCGGGCGCUGGUGGAGGCGCUGGGGCCCUACGAGCCGCUCCUGAGCCGGGUGCAGGCAGCCCUAGUGUGGGAGCGACCGGCCAGAAGCGCCCUGUGGUGCCUGGGUCUGAACGCGGCGUUCUGGUUCUUUGCACUGACAUCCCUUCGUCUUGUAUUUUUACUUGCCUUCAGCUUGAUGAUUAUUGUGUGUAUAGAUCAGUGGAAGAACAAAAUCUGGCCUGAAAUAACAGUGCCAAGACCUCACAGCGCAUUAGACAAUGAGAGCUGGGGUUUUGUGCACCCUCGGCUGCUCAGUGUGCCUGAGCUCUGCCGCCACAUAGCUGAAGUCUGGGUCAGUGGGACCACUUUCAUGCGGAAUCUUUUGCUUUUCAAAAAGCAAAAUCCAGGCAAGUUCUGCUUGCUCAGCUGUGGGAUCCUGACCUUUUUGGCUGUCUUGGGCAGCUAUGUCCCUGGGCUCCUGCUGUCCUACUUAAUGCUUGUCCUUGUCAUGAUGUGGCCUCUCACUGUGUACCACCGGCUGUGGGAUCGAGCAUAUGUCCGGCUGAAGCCAGUUCUCCAGCGGCUGGACUUCAGCGUGCGCGGCUACAUGAUGGCCAAGCAGAGAGAGAGACAAUCACGCCGCAGAGCUCUACACCCUGAACGCGCCGUGGAUGGUCACAGUGACAGCGAGGAGGAGCUGGCUGCCUUCUGCCCGCAGCUGGAUGAUUCUACUGUUGCCAGAGAGUUGGCCAUCACCGACUCUGAGCACUCAGAUGCUGAGGCCUCCUGUACAGACAACGGCACGUUCAACCUUUCCAGGGGCCAGACCCCUCUCACGGAAGGCUCGGAAGACCUCGACGGCCACAGUGAUGCCGAGGAGUCCUUCGCCAGAGACCUUCCAGACUUCCCUUCCAUUAAUGUGGACCCAGCGGGGCUGGAUGAUGAGGACGACACCAGCAUCGGGAUGCCCAGCUCCUUGUUCCGGUCCCCUCUGGGGGCCGAGGAGCCGCAGGCGCCCGCUGCCAGCCACGAUGAGGCUGCACUGCCACAGCUGCUGCUGUCCGCCCUGCCUGCAGGAUCCAACCUCACCAGCAAUCUUGCCAGCCUGGUCUCGCAGGGCAUGAUCCAGCUGGCCCUGUCGGGGGCCUCUCAGCCAGGGCCUUCGGGCCCGCCCCCCCGGAGAGCGACAAGAGGCUACCUCCGGGCUCCCAGCUCGGACCUGGACACUGAUGCUGAAGGGGACGAUUUUGAACUUCUGGACCAGUCGGAGCUAAAUCAGCUGGACCCUUCCAGUUCCAGGAGCCACUGAGGCAGAGACUCGCCUUGUGGGGGGAGGGUCACUGAGGCUUGGGCUUGUUUUCCUCCCCAUCCCGUAUCCGGAAGGGCAGGGGGAGAGUCCGGGCCUGUUCCCUGAAUUACACUUGCGUGCUGGGUGGCCUGGCUGGUGUUCCGAGGCCUGGGGAGAGAGCACACUCCCUCCCCCGCGGCAGCAGAAUCCCCACUGCUGAGCUCAGGCUCCGGGUGAGAGCGUGAGUCCCCAGGGAGGCUUCUCUCCACCGGGAAGGUACUUGUGGGGAACAGAGUGUCAGGGGUAGUGGUCCCCCUGGAGGGGAGCCGCUCUUCGCUUUUGGGUAUGGGUGCUCGGGGUUCUCAGUGAUAGAUCCCUUUCCUUCCUUCCUCCUGCGGUCACCUCCCUAGCGCUGCAGAAGGGUGGCGGCUGAACGAGUUUCAUGUCUUCCUCCUCUUCUGCCCGGCCAUGAUUGGAUUGUUCUCGUUUCCUAGGCGAGCCUGGCCUUUGGUUCUAUACAGCAGGCCUGCACUAUCUGUCUCGGCUCUUCUGCAUUUCUGGAGGCCUAACCCAGUGCUCCAGAAGGAUGCCGAAUUUAAGAAAUGUGAACACGAUGCAGAGUGGGCCUCGGGGUGAGCCGGCAGGAGGGCGGGUGCCGGAAUCUAUGGGGCUGCUUGGUUAUCUUUGGUGCUGCUAACCCCCUGGCUCCACUUGACCGUCAGCCUGAGCAAUGAGCAAAGCAAUACCACACCCAUUCCUGUGUUCCUGUUUCUCCGUGCUCCUCUGGGGAAGCAAUAAUCCUGUGGGGGGAAUGUCAGAAGUAGCACUUUACAAAUAGCUCAGUGGCAUUCAUCCCAGGAGCCACGGCUCUUCCUUGCACCAGCUUUUCUUACUCCCUGUUCAGCAACCCUAAUGCUUUUUCUUUUCAUCGACGGCCCCACCCCCCACCCCCCCACAGCUUGGCAGGGCCUUCUUACAGAUGAGCCCAGUUGCAAGAAAAUGUCUAGAAUCAGCAAACCCCUCUAAGGAGUAACUUCUACUGCCCCUUGUAGAAUCAUGUGAGACAAGACCAAAAAUGGUAGCCCUAAGCCAUGCCAGGCUCUUUCCUAGUCAGGGCUCCAGCUGAGCGCUCUGUCCUCUUUUCUCUGCAUCAACCCUUUGCUGAUCCUCAGGGACCAUUCCCCCAACAUCCCAGACCCGGGUGAGGGAUGUCAGAGGCCGUUUUCACGUGCUGCUGGGGGAGUGUGUGAACAUGUUUGCUCUGGGUUGAUGGGCCCGGUAAAGGCCAGGGAAGGAAAACAGUUGACAGUGGGGAAGGAAGACAGGCUCGGUGCCUAAUGGUGAAGGUCAAAUGUAACGGCGUCUCCCCACUGGCUGGUUUCCCCAGCUCUGGACAGGUGAACUCUGAUGUGGAAGGGUGUGGGAAAGGAGUGGGGGUUGUGUGUUUGCAUGAGUGUGUGUGUAGCUUCAGGCCUUGGGAGUUGGCAAGCGGGAGGGACGGAAGGAGAGCAGAAUUUUUGGAAGGGGUUUCUUGUACCUGGGGGAUCCUGCUCUGAAUCUCCUUAGUCCUCCACUGUGAAUU